AUGUGGGGAUAAACUUCAGGAUUCGGUGGAGGACAGAAUCAAAACCAAAAUCAAAAUGCAAACUAGGAUGCUCAAUUCGAUAAUGAGAUUUAGCAUCCAUUUUAAGAUUCAAUUGCUAUUAUCAAAUACGCUCCAUUAUCUCCGGUUUACUAAUCAAUUGGAUGCCCUAUAUUUGCAGCUGCUUCAUGGGAUGGAAAUAUCGCUAUCUAUCAAACAAACGACACUGGAGGUCCAUAAAUCUAGGCUCAAGGAAUGUUAUCAACUAACAAUGGUGCACCUAUUUUAGGUCUAUGCUGGCAGCCAGAAGCUCAAGCAUUACUUAUUGCAAGUGCUGAUAAUAACAUAAAGAGAUGGGAUCUUGCAACAAAUCAGGUUACAGUUGUUGGAGGUCACUCUCAGCCAGUCAAGGAUAUUUAUUGUUGUACUCUAAAUGGCAAUCCAUUGGUAGUCAGUGGUGGCUGGGACUGUAGAGUAAAGUUCUGGACUUGGCAACAAGGAUCACCACUGAAACUCAACUAAGUUGGUGAAGCUUACUUAGGAAAACCAGUCCACUAUAUGAGUGGCGAGUUCCCGCUUUUGGUGACUGCUCAUUCAGAGCUCUAUUUGCAUUAUUGGAAUUUGCAAAACCUUUCAAACAAUGACUUCAGUCCCGCAGGAGUAUUUAGUUCACCUUUGAAAUAUCCCACCACUGCACUUUCAGUCUUUCCAGAUGCUAAGGGAUUCGCCAUUGGUUCUAUUGAAGGCAGAUGUGGUAUUAAGUAUAUAGACUUGCAGAAAAAUAUCACACAAACUACAGUAGAUGAUACUGCUACUGGAUCAGCUUAGAAGCCUUCAUAAGUCUAUGCAGUGAAUGGAAUUGCUUUCAAUAAACAAUUUGGAACUUUUGCUACUUAUGGAUAGGAUGGUGUCUACUUUUUCUGGAAUAAGGACACCAAAAGUAAACUCAGGAACACAAAGCCUUUAAAUCCUUCUAUUCCUAUCACAGCUGCUGAUUUCUUAGAAAAUGCAACAUAAUUUGCUUAUGCAUAUGGUUAUGACUGGGGAAAAGGAGCUGAAGGAUAAAAGAACAAUUACCCAGUAAAGUUGAUGGUUAGAAAAGUUUAGGAAUCAGAGGUAUUCAAAAAAAAGGCUCUUAAAAAGCAAAUGGAAGAUUCAACAGCAACAGAGGUAGUAGUAUUUUCUAAUUAUCUUCUUGAAACAUCAGAUGUUAAUGAAGCUGAUCAAAAUGGUUACAAUCGCUACAAAUUGAAGAAAUGCGACACAAUCAAAUAGAUAAUUAUCUCACCUGAUGAAGGUGCAUAUUUGAUUUCAGUCCCAUCAUACCACAAUUUAAUCGCAAUGUGCACUUGGGACGGCUGGGUGGUAAUUUUCAUGCUAAACAAGCAAUCUGAUUAGUUGUACCUAUCAUCAUAGUCUUUCAAGUUUAAGUCUCAAGCUCCAGUUAUGUCGAUUAGUUGGCUUAAGGAUAGAGUUGGUCUUCUCAUUGCCAGUUCUGAUGGAAGCAUAUACUUGAUGAAUGUAAUUAGUGAACCUAAUAAACCGACAUAAAGCUAUAUAUAAAUAGGAAUUCAUUCGAGCGAGCAUGCGUGUAUCGGAGCAUACUAAUUGCACAAGGAUUUGAGUUUUGACAAUUCUAUCUGUAAUGUAGUAUCAGGAGGAUAUGAUGGAUUUGUAAGAUUUUGGAUUUCUAAUCCUGAAUUCACCUCUCUUUAACAGUUAUUUGAAUGCAAUCUACUGGCGCCUGUCCAAUAUUUUCACUACGAUAAUAAUCUUGUUCUUGCAUCUACUAAAUCUUAAACAGUAAAUGUUUGGCAGCUAACAAACUAGGUCAUUAGAUCAGAUAAUUACCAUGAGAUAAAAGAAUCUUUAUAGAUUUUAACUAAUCAUUCUUAACCAAUCACUUGUCUCUAGGCACUGAGAUAGAAUAAAGGAUUCAUUACAGGUUCAUCAGAAGCUAAAUGUGGGUAUUUCAAUGUUGAAAAACAAACUGAUAAUUUCAAAUUUAAAUGCCAUAGGAUCACUAGUAUUUUCAGUAAUGAUGGUGACACUGUUUGCUAUCCAAUAAAUGGAAUAUCAGUUUCUUCAAAGGAAUAAAUCUUCAUUACAUUCGGAGGAGAUGGCAAACUUAUGUAAUGGAACUACUUAAAAAGGCAAAAAUUGAGAGAAUUUCCUAUGCAUUCAAAAGGCAACAAAAUCCCAUUAGUAGCUGGAGCCAUAAAUGAUUAAGCAACUUUCAUUGUUGCUGCCUAUGGGGAUGAUUACUCUUAGCAGGCAUCUGGAGUAUUCAAAUCAUAAAGAUUGUCUGAGCAAUUCUAAGAUGAAGAUGCUAACUUUUACAUACUUAAGACACAGCCCAGCGCUCAAUAGAAUUUAUUACUCUAAUGA